CCCAAGUGUUAUGAUUCCUAUACGAUUCCAUAGUAAGUGUACUCGCCUUUUUAAUUCUUAAGGAUUUAACACGAAGACCAAGUAAAUGGAAUCACACCCACCAUCCCCCUUUCAAAUAAAACGUAUUGACAUGGGCGACUAUUCUUAAAGUGGGGACGGUAAUCUGGAGGGGGACCUGUACGACCAAUAACGCUCCAACUUAUGAUGUCAUCGGAGGAGGAGACAGAGUUCGGUUUGUAUACAGAUAAGCUCCUGAAGAAAUCCAAAAGAACUAGACAGCGUGUGGACGCCGGAGAACCGCGUAAUUCAUACUCUUCGAUCCCGAACUUUAGUUCGCGACCGGCUUUUCUCGGUAGUGGUAAUAAUAUAUACGGCGCCAUUUUUACCCAACAGCAACAGUUCGGUCUCUUCGGACCGGGGUUCGCGCCCGCAAAAAUGUUAAACGAGCUUUUGGGCCGACAAAAGCAAGAAAACGCGGAUGGCGAAGACGUGAAAUUCGACAACGUGAUAAGGUGUGAUAACAGUCCUCCCAGUGGAGAGCAACUUGCUCAUCAUAUGUUGCGAGAUAUUCUUCAAGGUAGGAAACACGAGCUUUUAGCAUUAGAACAGGACAUGCGCAAUGGACAAGAUCACAUUAUAAACAACAAUAACAACGAACCAAAGACAAGUCCAGAAAGAAACGAUGUUGAUGCAUCCAUGAAAGAGUGCCUAUCGGAAUCCGGAGUGGGUGAAAGACAACAAGUGGAACUGAUGGAGGAGGCUCUAAACGGUAUGGAAACAGAAUCUCUUCCAUCACCAAAAGUGGAACCGUCAAGUCCUGCGAAACCGGAGGACGCGAAAAAAGCACGAGUAGAAAAUAUUGUGACAGGUAUGAGAUCCAGUCCAGCACCACCUCAAGUAAACGGAUGUAAAAAACGAAAAUUAUAUCAGCCACAACAACACGACAGUAAUGCAGACAGAUAUGUAGACGACGACGAAGAAGAAAUAGAACCUAUUAGGCAAAAACGCGUAGAAAAAAAUAUACUUAAAUCUCAACUACGAUCAAUGCAAGAACAAUUAGCUGAAAUGCAACAAAAGUAUAUGGCUUUGUGUAAUAGAGUGGAACAAGGCUCCGAAGAAAGUCAAGAAAUAGAAGAAAUACCAAGUGAUAGUGAACAAAGUAAACGUUCAGCGCCUCCUUCUCCAGUGACGACGAGUACACCUACACCUGUUCAACAACCUACACUAGCACAAGAGGUGAGCAAAAUGAAAAUUAGCCCUCCAGGUCCUCCAUUUCAUAAUGGUUUUUUACACAAUCCUCAUCAGCACAUGAGUAAUGCUGCGGCAAUGUAUUUAGGUGUAAGUCACAAACUUUUUAUGGAACAAGAAGCUAGAUUAGCCAAAGAAAGAGAAGCAAAUGCCGUAAAUAUUGAAUCACAGCAAUUACAAUCAACACAACACCAACAUCAACAGCAGCAGCAACACCCACCCCCAAAACCCGACCAUAUCGCAGACCGACUGAAUAUGAUAAGAAAUUUAAAUCCUAAUGGCACUGAUCUGGAGGGAUUAGCGGAUGCCCUCAAAACUGAAAUAACAUCAUCGUUAACAAACCUUAUAGACUCAAUAUUACACCGAUUCGUCCACCAAAAAAGAUGUAAACAACAAGAUGCAGCGACAGCAGCAGAGCAACUGAAUAAAGAUCUGAUGAUGGCCUCGCAACUUCUGGACAGGAAAUCUCCCAGGACCAAGGUAGCAGAGCGACCGCAAGCUCCUCCGCCACCACCAAAUCAUCAAAAUCAAAUGGUAAAUGGCAAUGCGGGUUGUCCACCUAUGAUGCCCGUUCAUAAUAUUAAUAAUAUGCAAAAACCUUCAGAUCUUCAUAUACGACCUCCGAUGUUUCAGCCUCCCAAACCACCAGGUAUCAACGCACCUCUAUACGGAAUGAGCCAUCCAUUUUGUGUCAGCAAACAGCCAGAAACCCCAGAGCAAAAUGAAGCACUUAGCCUCGUGGUUGCCCCAAAGAAAAAACGCCACAAAGUAACAGACACCAGGAUAACGCCUAGGACGGUGAGCAGAAUCUUGGGCCAAGACGGGAUGGGUAUGUCUCCCGCCGCUAUGGAACCAAACAAUUGUUCUUCUCCAAGGCCGCCCCCAUAUCACCAGCCGCCGCCGAUGUUGCCCGUCUCCCUUCCGACGUCGGUGGCGAUACCCAACCCCGGUCUCCACGAAUCUCAGGUUUUCUCGCCCUACAGCCCCUUCUUCCAUGGACCAAGUCAUGGCCACCACAUGGCAAUGCAGGCUUCCUCCUCCCCGCCACGAAUGCACAAAAUCGAACGAGAAUCACCACCCAUACAUCACCCACCAACCCUUCUUCAUCCAGCACUACUGGCAGCGGCCCAACACGGGGCAUCCCCGGACUACGGCCACAUGCGAGCGCCAUCUGGAGGCAUGAACAUGGACAACGGUGAUAGAAACUCAGACUGCAACUCAGGGGACAUAUCUUAUGACGGAAUGCAACCUACUAUAUCCUUUUUAUGCAAAGAUUUUAGUAAAAAUCUUAGUGCGCAUCAUCCCGGUAUUUCCUUAACUCCUGAGCACUCGUCAACAUUAACUCCGAUGCAUCUCAGGAAAGCGAAAUUGAUGUUCUUCUGGGUGAGGUAUCCAAGUUCAGCGGUCCUCAAAAUGUACUUCCCCGACAUCAAAUUCAAUAAAAACAACACUGCCCAGUUGGUGAAGUGGUUUUCCAAUUUCAGGGAGUUCUACUACAUCCAAAUGGAAAAGUACGCAAGGCAAGCUGUUUCCGAGGGAGUGAAAAACGCGGACGAUCUCCACGUUGGCGGUGAUUCCGAAUUGUACAGGGUGCUCAACUUGCACUACAAUAGAAAUAAUCACAUCGAGGUAUGCGGACCACAGGUUCCUUCAAACUUCAGGUUCGUAGUUGAACAAACCCUUCGGGAGUUCUUCAAGGCGAUCCAAGAAGGCCGUGAUGCAGAGCAAUCCUGGAAAAAAUCCAUCUACAAGAUCAUCUCGAGGCUAGACGAUCCUGUACCGGAGUAUUUCAAAUCUCCCAAUUUCUUGGAACAACUUGAGUGACGGGUUAGUGAUAUCCGAUCAAAAGGAGUACCGCAAGGUACUGCCUGUUAGCGGUUCUCGUCCGACAGGCCCCAACACCAAAGAGAAUCGGUGACGUAUCUCACAAACCGUCAACAGUUUUUGUUGUUUUUAUUGGUUUUGAAGACGUCGACGUUCAGAAGAACCUUGCCAUCUUUGAAAAUGUUCGGACAUUUGUUGAAUAGUUGUGUUAAGUUGGCAGAAAGACUUAAUAAUUAUAUGCCUCUGGCUUUGCGUUCGUUCAUUGCGAACAGUGAAUACAAUUCUACAGUGAUUUACCUGAAUAUUUACCGGAUAAUAAUAAUUAUACAAAGUCAAGUCCUAAGUUUCUACAAACCAGCAGUUAGCAAAGUUCAAAAUCUGCACUCUUUUUUAUUUAAUUUUGGGCAAGGCCACACUAAACCAACACAAAUAAUCCUUCUAAUAUUUACAGAAUUUUAACAAAGUUGUAACUUACUUUUUACCAAAGAGCAAAGUUAGAAUUUUUUGAUUGGCACAAACCAUUUGAUUAUUGAACAACAUAAAAUAGCAAUAGAACCAAAUACAUAAUACAUUAUUUUCUUUAAAUUCUUUGCCUCAUAAAUUCAAAUGAGUAAAUUAAAUAUUUGAAGUAUUGCCUACAUAAGACUAUUUAAAGAUAUGAUCGACAAAUAUAAGCAUAAACAACGAAAAUAUUUUUUAAAAAUGAAAAUCACUAGUUACACAAGAAUAGAAAGAAUUAAAAAACUUUAACUUUGGUUUUUACGACGAUGCAUCGUCGAUGUUAGUAUUUUCUAAAUAUUGGAAGCUUUGUCCAAAACAUACAUAAUGCCAGUAUUGAUUUAGUAUGUCCUGGCCCAUAAGGCAUGUUCUUGUUUACUGCCACUGUAAACUGCUGUGUAUACCUGUUUGUAUAUAGAUCUAAAUGUACAUAGUAUUUAUCACUUAUUUUUAUUUAUAUUAUUGACAUUCCUAACCAAAGUUUUAUUUUUGCUAGUCGUCUUAGUUUUAUAUUUUUUUAUGUUGGUACCGCACAUCGAGAGCUUUGUACAAUUUUUCACAUAUAUAUUUAUCUCUCGCUGUGCUGUACCAUAUUUUAUUAUUUUUAGUACAUCACAUAUUGUUUUUUGUAUUAAAUACAGACGGGUGUGAUGUGCUUUCAAUUAUUAGGUAGAUAUGCCUAUUUUAAUCAAAUAUUGCAUCUUCCCAUUAAAAUUUCCAUCCAAUACAAGAUCUAUAAGUUUGUUUUUUUUUAUUCUCUUGUUAAAACAUCUAUGUAGCUAAAUAUAUGGUGAGACGGCGGCCAGUAUGAAAACCAAGGAGGAGGUGGAUAGACGAAGUGAGAGAAAAUUCUAGAGAGAUAUUGAGGAUGGAUAAUUGGAGGACAACAGCCAAGGAAGGCAUGCUUGAAGGCAGAUGCUGGAAGAGACUUCCGCCGUAGCUCCAUUGGAGAGAUGUAGCUACAACACUGAUGUUUUAGAAGACAGUAAAUGAGAUAAAAUUAACUCAAAGCAGUUCAUUCAAUUUUUUAUGUCUUAUGUUAAAACUUUGCGAGAAAAUUACCCAUAGAAUUAAUUUACUGGAUACAGUUAUCUGUUUUAUUUUAUUUUAUGCUUAGACAUAUUAUUAUGUUGAAGAUGCAACAUUUGAAACAACAUCCCACUUUCCCAAAUUAAUUUCUGUGUUUUGUUGUACCUAUUAUUUCAGUUUAGACUAGUUGCUAUCUUGUUUUUUUUUUAUUUGUAGCAUAUUUACCUAAUAAUUAUUUUAUUUUAAGAAACACAUGCACAAAAUAUUAGUGUAUUCAUACACGAUCUCCUAACACUGUGUGAGGCAACUAGUCAUGUAUUAAGUAAAAUAUAUUUAGUUUCAAAUA